UGGUCGGCCCUAGCGGGUGCUGGACCUCCACAACCCCAGAGCCGCCUAGGUUGCCAAGGCACCACGGAGCCGGAUGUGACGCCGCCGUGGAGGAAGAAGGGAGAGGCGGGGCGUGACGCGUGACGUCCUCCCAAGAUGGCGGAGAGAGAGUGAAGAAACUGUUCUUCCUGGGUGGCUAUUGAUCAAGGGUAAAAUUGCAUCGUGAUAUCAAAAUGCAGUAUUCACACCACUGUGAGCACCUUUUAGAGAGACUGAACAAACAACGAGAAGCAGGUUUUCUUUGUGACUGCACCAUAGUGAUUGGGGAAUUCCAGUUUAAAGCCCAUAGGAAUGUGCUCGCCUCGUUUAGUGAGUAUUUUGGUGCGAUCUACAGAAGCACUUCUGAAAACAAUGUUUUUCUUGAUCAGAGUCAGGUGAAGGCUGAUGGAUUUCAGAAAUUGUUGGAGUUUAUAUACACAGGAACUUUAAAUCUUGACAGUUGGAAUGUUAAAGAAAUUCAUCAGGCUGCUGACUUUCUCAAAGUGGAAGAGGUGGUAACUAAAUGUAAAAUAAAAAUGGAAGAUUUUGCUUUUAUUGCUAAUCCCUCUUCUACAGAGAUAUCUAGUAUUACUGGAAACAUUGAAUUGAAUCAACAGACGUGUCUUCUUACUCUACGAGAUUAUAACAACCGGGAGAAAUCAGAAGAAUCUACAGAUUUAGUUCAGGCAAAUCCUAAACAAGGGGCUUUAGCAAAGAAGUCAUCUCAAACUAAAAAGAAGAAAAAAGCUUUCAACUCCCAGAAAACAGGGCAGAAUAAAACAAUGCAAUAUCCCAGUGACAUUUUAGAAAACACAUCCGUUGAAUUAUUCCUAGAUGCAAAUAAAUUGUCCACACCUGUAGCUGAACAAGUUGCACAAAGAAAUAAUUCAGAACUUGAGUUGACAUCAGUUGUGGAGAAUACUUUUCCAGCACAAGAUAUUGUGCAAACUGUUACAGUGAAACAGAAACGUGGAAAAUCACAGCCAAAUUGUGCUCUGAAAGAACACUCUAUGUCUAAUAUAGCCAGUGUCAAGAGUCCUUAUGAGCUGGAGAAUUCUGGGGAAGAGCUGGAUCAGAAGUAUUCCAAGGCCAAGCCAAUGUGUAACACCUGUGGGAAAGUAUUUUCAGAAGCCAGCAGUUUGAGAAGGCACAUGAGAAUACAUAAAGGAGUCAAACCUUAUGUGUGCCACUUGUGUGGGAAGGCAUUUACCCAGUGUAAUCAGCUGAAAACACAUGUAAGAACUCAUACAGGUGAGAGGCCAUACAAAUGUGAAUUAUGUGAUAAAGGAUUUGCCCAGAAAUGCCAGCUUGUCUUCCAUAGUCGAAUGCAUCAUGGUGAGGAAAAACCUUAUAAAUGUGAUGUAUGCAAUUUACAGUUUGCAACUUCUAGCAAUCUCAAGAUUCAUGCAAGGAAGCAUAGCGGAGAGAAGCCAUAUGUUUGUGAUAGAUGUGGACAGAGAUUUGCACAAGCUAGCACACUGACCUAUCAUGUCCGUAGGCAUACGGGAGAAAAGCCUUACGUAUGUGACACUUGUGGGAAGGCAUUUGCUGUUUCUAGUUCUCUUAUCACUCAUUCUCGAAAGCAUACAGGUGAAAAACCAUACAUAUGUGGUAUUUGUGGGAAAAGUUUUAUUUCCUCAGGAGAGCUCAACAAACACUUUCGAUCCCAUACAGGAGAAAGACCAUUUAUCUGUGAAUUAUGUGGAAAUUCUUAUACAGAUAUUAAAAAUUUAAAGAAGCACAAAACAAAAGUCCAUUCUGGUGCAGAUAAAACUCUAGAGUCCAGUGCAGAGGAUCAUACUUUGAAUGAACAGGAUUCCAUACAGAAAAGUCCUUUGUCAGAAACUAUAGAUGUGAAGCCUUCUGAUAUGACUCUACCCCUAGCUCUUCCACUUGGGACUGAGGACCAACACAUGCUUCUGCCUGUCACAGAUAAUCAGUCUCCUACAUCAGAUACAUUGUUGAGGUCAACUGUGAAUGGGUAUUCAGAACCACAAUUGAUUUUUUUACAACAAUUAUACUGAUGUUGUGAGGAAUGUAGAAUUGCUAAGACAUCUCUGGUAGUAAGCAUAAAUGUGUCUGCUAAGGUGCAUAUAUUCAUAUUAAACUUCCAUUUGUUUGGGUUGUGACCAUUACUUUGAUUCACUGAAGUAAAAGCACCAGAUGCUGCGUCAUAACUGCAGUGUUUGUUUUGAUUUUUGGCUUUUCUGUCUAGAACAUACACAAAGAUUUUUAAGAUUGAAUUAUACCAUGGAAGCACUAUUUUGGGUGGAUAACUUUUUUCUUUUAUUUUUUUAAUUUUUAAUUUUUUAGGUUUUUUUGAAAUGGUCUCGCUCUGUAAUUCAUGCUGGCCUUGGACUCAUGUAGCCCAGGCUGGCCUCAAACUCAUAGUGAUCCUCCUGCCUCAGCCUCCCAAGUGCUGGGAUUAUAGGCACACACCACUACACCUGGCACUUUUAUUCUCUUUUAAAACUGCCUUAAUUCCAUUUUUAUUUUGCAUUUUAGAAUUGCCCUUCAUUUAGUGAAAUACAAUUAUCAGUUUGUGUGUCUUUUUUCACCUGUGGAAUUUUUUAUUUUCCUCUUUAAAUUUAAGCAACAUCCAUGAUAGUAUCAGGCCAAAAUGUUGCUAUUUGUGCCAUAGACCAAUACAUAAACUAUGGUGAAAAAAUGAAAUUUCAUAUUUCUGAAAAUUAAUAUUAUGAAAAUUAGGCAUUGAAAAAGAAUUGUGCUAUUUAAUGUUUCAUUAGACUUAACUUUUCUUAUGAAACCAAAAGGAGUAUUUCUCUUAAAAACUAGAGAACUGUAAAUACAUUUUUGUUCAUUUAGAACUCAGCAUUCUGGAGAAAACCAGUGGUCAGUGAAGUCAGCAUUUUUGAUUUGAGUUGAGACUAUAUUUUCAAAAUGAAUUUUAAAUAGGUAUUUGAUGUUUUUAUCUAGUCAAAAGUUUCAAAUUUUGAUUCAGUUUAUAUUUUAGUAGGUUUGUAGAUUAUUGGAAGUGAGGAAUAUAUACCACGUUUUGAAAAUUUUUGAUAAGCCUCAUUCCUGUUAUGCACUUUUAAAAAUAAAUAUAAAAUUAUAAAAAAUUUACUAGAUAUAAAUUCACUACAUACUUGAAAUCGCUUGGCUUCUAAAUUUGAUACACUAUAUAGUUAAGAAACUUGGUUAGCAUGUUUGAAGCCCUGGGUUUCAUCUCCAGCACCACACACAAAAAAAAAAAGAAAGAAAGAAACUAACUUCAAUUAUAAGUUAACAUUCUGGGUUAUCAGAAUGCUAGUUUAUUAAACAUUUUAUAUUUGAGUUUUCUAUAAGCUUUGUGUUUUCAAAUUUUAUAAAUUAAACCACAGCUUUUGUUUGUCAUAGUUUCACAGUGGUCCUUUUCCUUCCAAGUGAAUGUAGAAAAUUCAGUAUUAUUCUGAUAUUUGCUACUACUAUUCCCCAUCCCAGUUUUUCAACAUAUUAAUUUAUUUCAUUGCCUGAUCUUUGGACUUUAAAUUACCAUUUUCACGUAGUCAGUUUACAUAAUUAAACAUCAUUGAUUAAACAUUAUUGUGACAUUAUUUCUUAUUUUUGCCAUGCAUUGUUGUGCUUAUUUGUUUUCAAGUUUUAAACUAUACCUGUAAUAAAGUUAAUGUGUUUAUUGAUA